UUCCACAUUGACCCAUCAUCAUGGCCUACCUGGGACUCUUAUGCUGUUUUGCCUUCAUUGGUGCCUCUUUAGGCUGUGGUGUUCCUACCAUCGAACCCGUCCUGAGUGGCCUGGCUAGGAUCGUCAAUGGUGAAGAGGCUGUCCCUGGCUCCUGGCCCUGGCAGGUUUCCCUUCAGGACACAACUGGCUUCCACUUUUGCGGGGGAUCAAUCAUCAGUGAAGAUUGGGUGGUCACUGCUGCUCACUGUGGUGUCAAGAAAACUGACCUGGUGAUUGCUGGUGAGUUUGACCAAGGUUCCGAUGAGGAGAACAUCCAAGUGCUGAAGAUUGGCCAGGUUUUCCGGAAUCCCAAAUUCAACUUCUUCACCAUCACCAAUGACAUCACUCUGAUCAAGCUGGCCACACCUGUCCAGUUUUCAGACACAGUGUCCCCCGUCUGCCUUCCCAACUCUGCUGAGGACUUCCCUGCAGGCUCCAACUGUGUCACCACCGGCUGGGGGCUGACCAAGCACACCAACAACAAAACCCCUGAGAGGCUCCAGCAAGCUGCUCUACCCCUCCUGUCCAAGUAG